GGUGCUAUUCCUCCUGUUGUGGCCGUGGGGCUACUCCGGGGUGUCGGCGGCCCCCAAGACAGCGUCAACCCGGGCCGGGGCGCCCCGCCUCGACUCUCUCAAGGUUAGCAUCACUGUCACUUCUACACCGGAACCUGUGCUGCCAUGGUGUGGGGCUGCAGUUGAGGUGCAGGGGGAGCCCUGUUUUUCCUAUGACUGCCGGAGCCACGAGGUCAGGCCCGUCUGUGUUCGGGGGAAGAAGGUGGCGGCUCCACUCAGGGAGGACCUGAGAGAAAUUCUGAAAGACCUGACGGCAAAGUUCAAGGAGAAGCUUCUUGACAGUGACCCAGAGGAUCCCCGAGGCAGGGGUGAGGCGCCCCUCUCCCUGCAGGCCACGCUGGAGAUGCAGGAGGAGGCCGGGGGGCGCCGCCGAGGGUCCUGGCAGCUCGUCUUCAGUGGACGCGUCUCCCUGCGCCUGGACUUGGAGACCAGAGCCUGGACGGCGGGUCGCCCUGGAGACAGGUCGAUGCUGGAGAAGUGGGAGGAGGACACGGACAUGGACGCGUUUCUCUGGGGGACGUCCCAUCGAGACUGGAAGUUGUGGCUUCAGAGAGUUGCAGUGCAUUGGGGGGCGCCGGCGACCAAAGACCUUUCUCCCGCUGCGCCCUCCUCAGCCUCUCUGUGCUUCUCCUCUGCCCUGGUCUGUGUCUGGAAAGUCUUCCGUCCCCCUCAGCGCCGGCUCCUGAGAGGCGUCUCUGUCACCUCCUCGGGUCCCUGCGCCUCUGUCCCAGCAGGAGAGACUGGGGGCACCACCGAGCACGACCCCAGGCAGGUCUGGAAACACAAGUACCCUGCAGGGGCCCUCGUUCAUCUUUGUGAUCACCCUCGCCUGCCUCAUCCACCUGGCAUCGUCAUAUUCUUUAUAACACAGAAGCAGAGAUGCUGUAAGGAGCACAGGAAGACAGGGAUUUCUGGGCACUGCCCCUUCUUGGCCUGCUCUCUAUCUCCAGCUGCUAGUCCUGACACCUGGAGCUCAGUUCUUAUAGCAACUGCCGACACCUGCUGAGAGGGGCUAACACAGGGGAGGCCACAGUCAGCAUCUUUCUGAUUUGGAGAAAACCCAGUGCUGCAUCCUGCCCACAGACGCCCCUUCUCCUGGCGCUGAUUGUGGGCGUCUCUGCACUUGAACUUCUCCUUACUUGAAGGACACUUUUCAAAAGUGAAGUCAUUUUCCACCUUCACCUUUCCUGUGAAAAUCAGUCACAUCUCUGCAUCGUCACCUUCCUCUAAUAAAUGAUGUGUCUGGGGCCUCGUUGGUGGUGCAAGGGGUUAAGUACAGCACUGUGAAAUUAUCUGCGGCCUCUGCAGCACCAGUACAGCCUCUGCAGCCAUGGAGCUGACUCUCGUGGUCCAGCAGACCUCUCCUGUCACCCUGCUGCUCCCCUCAGCAGUGUAUUUCAGUCAAUCUGCCUUUUCUACUCCCCAUUCUAUCUCUGGUGAAUCCUCCCACCCCACUGCACCUCUGGCCUGUACCCCAUUUCUUGUAUGAAUAAAUAAAUAAAUGUUAAA